UCUCUCUUAGAUGUGGGACCAAAUAGGACGGGUUUGCUCUGAGGAAUUGCAAGCAAAUAGCAAAAAUUUCAAACAGAAUUGUGAUGACAGAAGGAAACGCAAUAACUACACCAACACACUUAAAGAAUUGGCUCAGAUGUUGCCCAUACCAUUGCGGACUAGCUGUAAGAGGUUGACAAAGAAAGAAAUCCUGCUCCGGGUACUCCGCUACAUUGAACAUCUGCAGGCAAGCAUUGAUACAGCCAGAUCACUGCUCCAAGUUCGUGGUGGGGAGCAAAAAGCUGGAUCUCAGCGGGUGGUAAUAUCUGCCCUGAAGAGGGAGCGCAGAGAAGUCACGCCACGGGCAAAAAAUCCCAAGCCACUGGGCGUCUACAAGAAACCUAGAAAGAGGAGACGGACCCGCAAAUCAGAUCGGCGAGGUGUGAGCAAGAAAGUGUGCAAGUGCCUUGCUCUGGAGACAGGAAAGGACUCUGCCCGUACUGUCUCCCCCCCAGAGGAGGAGAGCCUGCCUGAUGUGGGAGACGUGUCUUCCAUUCUUUCAUCCUUCCAGGAGCAAUCAACUUCCCUUCCCAAUUUUAAGGUUCCAUUGCCAGAGUCGGGCCAGGCUGCAAACACUAACCUUCUGGAUAUCACCAAGGUUGGAGUCCCAUUUGAUCCUGCAGGUAUAAUUUCUUUGUUGCUUUGCUGGCAUUUUGGUGCCCAUGGUGACCAGGAAUAUAAGAAUGACAAUGUGCUUUCUAUGUGUGCAGCACAAGUGGCUUACAAUAAGCUGCAUCAAGGUAGUGAGGGGCCUGGACACACAUUGGUGAGGCAGGAGCUAGUGCAUUAUCAUUCCUCUUGUGAAGAAGAAGAGGAAGAAGGACCCAAAGCUAAUCCUUGGCUUUCCGUCCAGUCCCCUUUGGGAUUCUCCAGUACAGGAAGUAUGCAGCUGUGUUCCCCUCGGAUUGGAACCCAAAGCAACAGUUGUUCUGAUUUGGGGCUGAGCCCGUCACUUUUCUCCUCUCCUGCUCGGCUCCUCCCCACACACAUUCUCCAAGGUGUUCAGGAGGAACUUUCUCCAGUAUUAUUCGAAGAUGUGUAUUUGUCUCCUCAGUCCGGCAGUUCAGCUCAGACCCCUUCUGGAACACUCUUGAGAAAGUCAGCAUUCACACUGGAUCACUGUUACCUUUCCUACAGUGAAGCAGGUAAAACCGAUUCCAGCCCCGCGUCAAGAGUGAAUGAAAUAGAAUCCUCAUGGAGCGAACAAUUCCAAGAGGAGGCUCCUCUCAUCAGAUCAGAAUGUCCUGUAUCCUCCAGUGAUGAGAACAGUGACAGCACCUGGACCCCGUGCAAGAGGGCCAAGUCGUCACAGGGACCCUGUCAGAAGAAGAAGAAAGUGGGCAGGAGACAGAAGCGCCGACCAGCGGCCUGUGAGAAACGCAGCAGCUCAUCUCCCCUGCAGCUGAAGAAGAAAUGCGUGAAUGGCUUUAUCAUGUUUUGUCGCUUGAACCGCAAGCACUUCAUCCGCACUUGCCCCGGCAUGGCUUCUACUGCAGCUACAAGGGAACUGGCCCAGCUGUGGCGUCUGAUGACAAAGCAAGAGCGGAAGCCGUAUUGCAUGAAAGCUCGGAGGUUCAGCCGCCUCAACAACCGAAUCGUGCGGGACGGCUUCUCCAGUGGUGACGAGGAGCCCGAGCCACCCAAGCCCUUCCACCUGCUGCUUGCCGAGAAGUCGGUUCCCGGCAGCCUGGCCUUUGGCGGCUUCCCUUCGUCCAGCUGUGUCCAUGACUCUUCACCACCGCAACGGUAA